CUCUAGUCCGUGUACAAAACAGCAAGCUUCUGGGCUCUUUCAUGUUCCAUAUCUCGUUACUCAAUUGACAUCCUCGAAAUCUUGAAAGUCUCAACACAGCCAUAAUUACAAUAUUUCUCGCAAUUUAACCCAUCAAUUAUUUCACCAUGGCACCGACCGACCCUCACACCGGCGGCCGUCUCGAAGACAUGGCCAAAGAUGGAACCUCAAUUCCAGGCGACGCAGGCGUCCAACGUCUCAUUCCAUCCAAACCGCGCCCGGACCAGGUAGACCCGUCCGAUGCCUUCGCCCACGCGAACCCAGCACACGCGGCCGACAAUGCCUUUGACAUUCCACGAGGUCUUGCGGACCGCGGUAUGACUGGCGAGGUUACCACCGCAAUGGGAGACCAAUUGCCAAGCAGCAUCGAGAAGAAGAACCUCGAUGACGCCAAUUACGAUCCUAGAGCCAAGGGACAUGCGCAAUAUGUUAAACAUGCUAAGCAGCGUAACAUGUUCGAUCAGAUGGCUCAUGAAGGGCACGGUGUCGAGGCUGCUCCUGGCGAGGAGGAAAUGGGCCAGGAGGAUUUGCUUAACAUGAGGGGAGCAAAGUAAGGAGAUGAGAUGAGUGAGUAGUGUGCAUGUAUCAUUACGGUCUUCACGAAUUAUGAACGAAAAGCAUGAACAUAGUCUGCGU